UCACAAAGUGGUCGUUUGCUUGCAGCCUCCAUACUAUUAUUACAAAAUAAAACAAAUGCAGUUUCUACGAUAUAUUUAAAAUAUUUUAAUUAAUAAUUUGUUUUAUAAAGUCGUUUAAAUGAUCGUGGAAAAGUUAAGUGUGAGUGAUGUGGUCAAAAUAUUGCAGAGUUGGGAUAAAAAUGAAUUUGUUGAUUUUGUUAAGGAAAAAAAUGUGGAUGGCAGAAAAUUGUUGGAAAUCACGGAGGGGAUGGUGAAGCUAUGGCGUCCGAAAGCCAAUGCCAAAGAUUUUAUAACAUUCAUUGAUAAUAUGAAAAAAGAUCCUAAUAAAUAUCUAAAAUGUCUAACCGACGAUAUUAUAAUUAAAGAGACUAAUUUACGAACCGACAGCCAGUACCAAACAGUUAGUGUUAGAAAGAUAAGUCAACAAGAAACGAAUAAUUUCACUAGUGUUGAAGACAUUCUAAAAAGGAUUGUAGCACCAAAGAGUUUCUUGUACAGAAACAAAAGGGAUAAAACGACCUCCUAUGUACCGAUGGACGGCACGAAAAAGACAAAGAAAUUCUUCAGACUCAGUUCAUACGAUUAUCCGAUAUUCGAUCUUAAAUCACGGUUCACGAAGGUUGAGAAUUGCGACCGAGGUUACUAUUCGGUUAAAACGGAUUCCGCACAGAAAAAUAAAAAGCUAGAUUCGAGAUCCAAGUACAAGUCGUUGCCUACUCCAGAAGAAAUGAACGAAAAAUUUUCAGACGAUCAUUUAUACGAAGAUUUAUGUUACAAUGAGGUGGAGCCAGAAAAAACAAGAUCAUCUCAAACUGUAAAACCUUGUAUGGUGAAGAUUCAAGAAUUAUUUCAAUCGUUCAAAUUUCCCUUUUUCAAAAAGGCUGAUGAAGUUGAAAAUGUUGAAAAGGAUAAAAAGAUCGAAAACGAUUGUAACAUUUAUGAGAAUAAUGAUAGUGUGAACGACAUGUAUGAUUCUGUUCAUGUACAAAAGGAAGUUAUUCCCAAGAAUCAGUCGACAGUUGCAGUUGAAGAUUAUUUAGUGCCAGUGAGUGUAGAAAAAGAUUAUUGUGAUGUGUGCUUGAAGCAGAGAGAAGAAUCUCUACUGGGCUUUAUUAUGAACUACUUGGAGACACGGUUUGGUAGACGAGAGACAAGUGACAUCGCACAGUCAGACGAGUCGGAAGUGGAGCCAUCUUGUGACGACUCGAAAUGGGAGCGAAAACCCAACAUGGCCGCGCGGCCGCUUCCGGUGCCGGUGGAAAACGAGCCGUUUUACAUGAAUAUUGAUAGACAGGAGGCUGAGAAUUUAUUGCUGGGCCAACCGGAUGGGACGUUUAUUUUACGGCCGUCUAGUCAGCCAAACCACGCCUACACGCUCAGCGUAGCUUGCAACAACGCAGUACACAACGUUGGAAUACGUCGUCGUCCAGAUGGUCGUCUGGCGCUUGGCUUCGCUCGCCGCGGCGAAAGGAGCUUCGCAACAGUCACUUCGUUGCUGCAACAUCAUAAGAAGCGUCGCUUGUUGCUCGUUGCUUCUGGUGAUUUGAUUGGUGCAACUACACUUAUUGAAAGUCCGCAGUAUUACGCAACACCUAAGAAUAUACCGAUUGUUGGGUGUAGAAGUGUUUGAUUUGUAUUAUCGUGUCCAGAACAAGCAAUAAAUAUGAAAAUCUAAAUAAAGAAUAAAAAAAAAGAAAAUCUAGACUGGGCGCUACAAUCAAAGAUAUUUUUUAUCAAUCAAUUUAAGAUAUUUUUUCAUGAACAUUCGGCAAAACUUGUAAAAAAAAUUUAAUGUAUAAAGUUCUUCUUAGUUACAUCGAACCAUAACUUUUUAUAUUUUACUACAUUCUGAAUUUUUGUGAAAUUGACGUUCUUUGAGACUCGUUAUUAUGUUGUGUUAUUGUUAUUUUAUAUUAGAAGCAGGUGCCCCAAAUAAUAAUACCUAUGUGUUGUUUUUAUUAACUUCAAUAUUGCCCCGGGUUACAAUGUUUUCUUCCUUGGGUUUCAUCGAAAUAGGUUAAUAAAAUAAACACAUUCAAACUUUUGUUUAUAUUACCUACAUUAUAUUUAAUAUUAAACGGUUCAUUGCAAAAUUAUAAUGUAAAUAAUUUGGCUAGAAUAUAUUAUUUAAUAAUAAUAAUAUUAAAAAUGUAUCGUAGUUGUGAUGUAGGUAAAUCGUCAAUCGUAUGUGAGAAUUGAGAUCGUAAUCUUGUAUAAUUAAAAAGUAAAAACCUAUGAUAAUAUUAUUAUCGUCAUAGUAAAUUGUAUUAAGAUAGAAAUAAAUAAUUAAUGAGAAAAAAAUUAAAAAAUGCAAACGUCUAAAGAUACUCGAUACAGAAUUUUUUUUGAGUUUUGUUGCGAUUUCCUAAACCAUGAAUUGUAAGAUCUUUCUUAAUAAAUUUUAUUGGUUUUAAGCUAUUGUAUUAGAUGUAUCGUUGCCAUAGUAUUAUAAAAUAAUAAUUAAUAACAUAGAUUGUGAUGUUAAU